GACCGGCGGCAGGUGGCUUUGAGCUUCGGGUCCGGAGCUGUGACGUCAGCGCCGACCACACCUGCUUGGACUUGGUUUCAGCACCCGUCCGCCUGGACGUUCAUUCCUGUUUUCUGCCCUGGUAUAAAGCUGAUAUGUAGAGCACAUUGUCGUCAUUUGGUCUGUCCUUCAUUAGAUCGUUAUUGCCUUUAUAUCACCGUCGUAUCCAAUUUUGCCUCAUCAAGCGCGCGACUGCUUGCUGCUGCUGCCUUGCCAAGUCGAUACCAACUGUUAGCGAUUUCGCUGUCUACACACGCCAAGACACUAUCACUUACUCUCACUCUUCUCAUUCCCUCCAACAUCACAACAAGAACAACAAGAACAGAUAGAGGGGGAAAAAAAGGAACAAAAUGCCCACCGUCCUCGGCAUGACAAACGACAAGUCCAAGAACGGACCGCACAUCUCCUCCUCCACCACGAUGGGCUCCAACAAGCGGCUCGACACCAUCUCCAAGCGCAACCACGCGUCGGCCCGCGAGAUGGAGACGCUGCUCUGGCGCGCCCUCUGCGACGACCCGGACUCGCUGCGCGAGUACCUCGCCCACGACUGCAUCAUGAUCGCGCCCGUGCUGUUCCCCAACGGCCGGGACUCGUCCGCCCUGAGCAAGGACACGCACCCCAGCGUCGUCGACGUGCUGCAGGCCGCCAGCAAGAGCGGCAAGUUCACGGGUUUUCGCUUCCACGGUGACCCCUUAGUGGUGGAGGUCGGCCUGAUGGCGGUCGCGCUCGUGUACAAGGUCAGCUUGUUCCGCCAGAGCAGGAAGGGCGGCGCGCGCGAGAUCGUGGCUAGUGCCAGUUCCACCUGGAGGCAGACCGCUGGCGCCGACUGGUUGCUGGUUGCGUUCCAUGUGCAGUAUGCUGAUGAGGAGGAUGACGACGAGGAGGAGGAGUGAUGGGUGAGGAAGGGAUCCGGGGGUUGAGGGGUGGUAUUAAGUUG